GUAAUCAGCUUGCAGAGCCACAAUGUGCCAGGCCAUGCCCGUCCAUUAGGCCUUGGUUCCAUGCUCGCCGCUCCCAAUCCGCAUGAGAGCGCCAAUUCAUUCAUCAUCCUGCACUCACUCUUUUCCCUCUACAGCUCUGCGAGUCGCGCAAAGAGCAGUGCAAUUUUGUCCCUCUAACCGCUACUGUGCUCUACUCCUAAACGGCAGAAUCAGAAUUCUCCUCAAUUUUGAAUUCGCCGCCUCCCAAACUUUGUCACUUCGCCUCCCUCCUACUACUCGCUCCUCAUCUUAUAACGUCGUGUCCGAUCGGUCUCCCCGACCUCUUGAAAUCCAGACCUAAUCACCCCACGAUUGUGUUCUCCAACCACCCUCCACAGACGAUCCUCCUCUCGAUCGCCAAAUUUCAGACAAACGGCGACUGAUUCUUGUUCUUCUGGCUGAGACUUGUCGCAAAGGCUACGCAAUUAUCAGAGCGGAUAUCUCGUGAUCCUCGGACCUUGCUCAACCCCCUCAAACCCCCCUCCCUGCACUACUUCCGUGGACUCCGUCUCACUGGCGCGUGUCGGAUUUGUGUCGCAGAGGUUGUCGCUUGUAAAGCUUGAUCAGGCCAAUCCUUUUUCCGAGCUUCAUCGAAUCACACGGGGAAAUCCUACCUCGGCCGAUCCAUUGGCGCUCACAACGCAUCCAGUUCACCAAAGAAAUUAUACAGUCAACAUCACAAAUCGCCCAUCAUGUCGAAGGUAAUGCGAAGUGUCAAAAAUGUGACCAAGGGUUACUCUAGCGCCCAGGUCAAGGUCCGAGAAGGUCAGAACUCCCUGCGUUCUCGAUUGCGUCGCUGGAACCUCGCCGCUGACAGUGACAUGUAGCUACCAGUAAUGACCCAUGGGGCCCGACCGGCACUCAAAUGAGCGAGAUUGCUCAAAUGACAUACAACACAUCCACCGAGUUCUACGAGAUUAUGGACAUGAUCGAUAAGCGUCUCAACGACAAGGGAAAGAAUUGGCGUCACGUACUUAAAGCCCUCAAGGUUCUGGAUUAUUGUCUUCAUGAGGGUUCAGAACUUGUCGUUACAUGGGCUCGACAGAGUAUUUAUAUUAUCAAGACUCUGCGAGAGUUCCAAUAUGUUGACGAAGACGGUCGCGAUGUCGGACAAAAUGUCCGAGUUGCUGCUAAGGAGUUAACUUCACUCAUUUUGGACGAAGAGAGACUGCGGGCCGAGCGAAGCGACCGAAGAUCCUGGAAGUCGCGCGUUACUGGCCUUGAGGAAUUUGCUCCUCAGCAUGCUGAGCCUGUGAACCACGGAACCCGGCGACAGCAGCCGAGACGACAAAUGAACGAAGAGGAAGACGCCGAGUACCGUCUAGCUCUGGAGGCAAGCAAGUAUCAGGAGGAGGAAGACAGGAAGAAGCGCGAAAGCCGACAGAACGGACCAGAUGACGAUGACGAUUUGGCGAAAGCAAUCAAGCUUAGUGAGGAAGAGGAAGAACGAAGGCGCAGGGAACUCGAGAACAGCAACGCUGCCUCUCUUUUCGACGACGAUCCUACUCCUCAGCAGCAAACCAGCCAGCCACAGUACACUGGCUUCAACCAAGGAUACCAGCAAGGGAACCCCGUUGACUUCUUUGCCAACCCUAUCGAGCAGAACCAACCUCAGCCUACUGGCUACAUGAACAACGCCUAUACUGGAUUCCAGCAGACCCAACCCACUGGAUUCCAGCCAAACUACAACACCGGUUUCAACGGCCAGCAGACAGGCGUGGGCUUCGAUCCCUAUGGUCAGCAACAACAGCAAAACCAGCAAGGUUUCCAACCCCAGCCCACAGGCUUCAAUCCUUACCUGCAACAACAACAGCAGCAGCCCCAGCAGCAGUCGUUCUCAUCACCUGCUUCUCCUGAACCUACUCUCCAGCCUGGUAGCAACAACCCCUGGGCAACCAACAAUAGUCAGCAGCAAUUGCAACCAACUCCCACCGGUUCCAACAACCCCUUCGCCCAGUUCAGCCGCCCCCAGUCCGCCCGACCAAACCCUAUUUCGUCCCUAGGAGCGCUUCCUGAACAGAAGAGCCUCAACUCAUUUGGCAGCCAGCCUCAGACUCAGCCCCAGCUCCAGCAGCAGAACAGCUUCCCACUGCAAUCGCAAAAUAGUUUCCCUCAGUCGCAACCUUCAUUCGCCGCUCCUCAAAAGGAGAUGAACGAGCACGAGACACGACUCAACACUCUGCUUGCGAGCGGUGACGGCAUGGACACCUUUGGCAACACAGGCAACCUUCGUAUUCCCGCCCAGCACACAGCCCCUGGCACGUUCGUCAACAGUGCCGGUGCAGGAGUUGCCCGCAUCAACGCCGAGGCUACUGGCAACAACCCCUUCCUUCGACAGCAGUUCACGGGUAUGCCCACAGUCAACUAUGGCGCUCAGAUGCCUGCUGCGACUGGGCCUGCUGGCAUGAAUGGACAGACGAACAACCCCUUCGCCCAUCAGCAGGCACCACAGCAACAACAGCAGAACCACGACUUGAUCCAGUUCUAAGUUGAGUUCCUAAAUCGAAAUUUACGCUCUUAUAUCAGUGACCAGCUAGUUGUGUGAUGGUUUGAUUGAUUACCCUUGACUUUUCUUUGUUGUAUGUUCAUCUUCAUAUCCCGGCCUGAACCCGAUUCCCGUUUUUUGCGCAGGCGAAGGAUGGUAUUCCCCUGUUCUCGGUACAUUUUUAUGGUAUUGGACCAUUGUUGAGUCUGAUAUUUGGGUGGCUUAGUUGUGAUGGGAGAAUGGGAAAGCUUUUGUGAUGGAUUCUGGGAUUUUAGACAGCGCGCCUGGCGCAUUCGAAAAAAAAACAAUUCUUAGAUGUUAUUGAAAUCUACCCAUUGAAUCCGUUGUAGCCAUAUUACGCCAUUCCCCUUUUCUCUUUUAAUACUUAAUGCGCCCAGCAGCUAACAAAUGUACCCAAAUCGCUUGAAAGGUCGCUGUCUGAAUCAUUCUUUGUCUGACUGUGGCUUGACUCGGCUGGCCAAGCCUCGCGUAUUCGGGACAACUCUGUGCUCGCGAGGACGAUUCUGAGACAGCCAUGUGCCUCGAUCUGUUGCAACAAGCACCUUAUCGGCUCAAGAUAGAGAUUCAAUGUUGCAAGCCCACAUAUCGACCUCGAAGCGCGACAUGGUGGAUAAUAUGCGAACCCCAAGCGAUGCCACUUGCACCGAACUUUUUCACUGUCAUGUUCUGGCACGGCUGGUAUUGUGCCAUUCUUUGAACUCCUGUGGUUGGACUUAACCAGCCUCCUCCAUCAUCUGUAUGAAUUCUUCCAAGUUUACACCGCCUUUGCCCUCGUGAUCCAGAUGCUCAAUCAUGCUCUGAAUUUCCUCGUCUGUCAUGGUCCUCUCUUCCUUGAUAUCGGAAGCUAGCCGUCGCAUGUCCUCAAAG